AUGAUCGCCCUCCGAACACUACGACCCACGGCUCUGCCAACAGGCAUUCGCCAAAUCAUCACGAACUCACGCAUCAUGUCAUACUCGACGCCAUCGUCAUCACAAACAACACCGCCGCCCCCGCCAAAAUCGUCAGUUUCCGAGACCGAAAUGUCGCACUUCUCCGCCCUCGCAUCGUCUUGGUGGGACCCCGAGGGGCCCUCACGGAUCCUUCACGAAAUGAAUCCGUUCCGCCAUGUCUUCAUUCAACGCUGUCGAUCGCUAUAUCCUACGGACUUCACAAAAACACCUUCGAAGCUCCGCUAUCUCGAUGUUGGCUGUGGUGGCGGUAUCUUCGCCGAGUCAGCAGCAAGACUUGUCGACACGGAUUCGGUGACGGCAAUCGAUCCUACAAAGGAGGUAUUGGCAGUGGCCAAGAGACAUCAGAAGAGCGAUCCUCUGCUUUGCGAAGCAGGAAGAUUGAAUUACAUCAACACUGCCAUUGAGAACUUGCCGCUCCCAGCCACGCCAGAACAAGGCGUGGAUGUCUUGUCGGUCUUUGAGGUCAUCGAGCAUGUCACACACCCUGCUCCAUUCUUGGCGAAUUGCAUGCCUCAUGUCAAGCCCGGUGGUUGGUUGGUUCUCAGCACCAUCAGCAGGACAUGGGCAAGUUGGUUCACUACAAAACUUGUCGCCGAGGACAUUAUGCGUAUAGUACCUCCAGGCACCCACGAUUGGAACCAGUACAUCAAUGUUGGUGAGAUGAAGGCAUGGGCAGCCAAGCAACCCGGCUGGAGCAACCCAAUGACUAUGGGUGUCGUCUAUGUUCCCGCUUUUGGCUGGAGAGAAGUCCAGGGCAGUGAGGGUUGGGGUAAUUACUUCUUUGCUAUUCGCAAGAACAUGUAA